GGGUCUGGAGAGUGUGGGUGGGCUGUGCAGGUGGCUGGGACACACCUGCACCCUGUUUGGGCAUCAGCACCAUUUAUGAGACCGUCUCCCCUCCUUAGGUAACCCAGCAGGAAUGUGUGAGUUUGACCUUGGUAGAGGGAGUCUACUUUUAAAACUAGACCUCUCAUUAUUCCAAAAUAAGCCAUUUAUUCAAGCAAAAACACAAACCAGGCUUCUCCUGCCUUUUAGCCUUGAACUCAACCAGGGCUUUGAGGGGCUGGUUCCCUGCAGUGUUGUUGACUCCCCAGGUGCCAGUAAACGGGGGGAGCCAGUGUUUACCGAGGGUCAGGGCUGUCGGGGUGCCAGCCUUUCUGUGCGCCUGGGAGGCUGCUGUGUUGGGCCACUCUGUGUCUACAAGGCGCGUGCUUUCAUCCACGGGGCUCGCCAAUGGCUGCAGCGUUUGUUUACAGUCACCGGCAAAAGCUGUUUACCACCCAGACCUAGAAGAAGUUGUGCCUGUUCCUGUCCCAGCUGUUUCUGAGUCUAAAGGUUUCUGGAGUGGACUUUCUGGGUUUCGGGUCCAGUCCACACGGGAAAUGGAAAUCUGGCCAGCUGGGAGAACGCUCUGUGUGGCUGCCUCUCCACAGUAAACAGUGACUCACCGCUCCGUCCCCACCCUCCUUGCUCUCCGAGAAUGGAAGAUGCUUUUCCCUGCUAUUUAUUUUUGCUUUUUAUAAGUCACAGACUCGUCAUGUUUCCGCUUUCCUGCAGUUUCAGGAAACUGGGAGUGUCGUCUUAAAAUCGGAGUUUAGAGCAGGUACACAUGAACCUGAGUGGCUACACACCCCACCCUGACCGGCCACUCUAGAUGAGGAAACCCAGGCCGUGACAUCUGCUGGCCUGGCCCCAGGGCUGGUGGGGUCUGGUCUAGAGCCUGCCUGCUUCUCCACGCUGUGCUUCGGGCACGUUGGGGAAAGUAUUGGGGUGGAGGCUGCUCUCUCCCUGCCCUCCUGUGCGGGGCUGGCUCAUCUCUUGCAGCGGGGGCUCGUGUAGGGUGUAGGGAAGACAUGCUCCCUACUUCAAGGAGCUUACCAUGCUGUGGGGAGGCCCCCUGUCCCCAGAAGGAUCUAGAACCAGGCCUUGGUAGAGGGUGUUUGCCUUCAUGAGGACAAUGGAGAGUGUUUCUGGAAGAAGCAGGGCUUGAGGGUGGGCAGGAACCAUGUGCUCAGUGCAGAUGGUGGGGGGAUCAGAAACCUGCCAUGGCUUUGGGACGGAGGAGUUGGGGUUCCAGAGGAACCCCAAGCCUGUGUUGCUGCGUGUGGGGCGCCAGGAUCAGGGUGAGGGCAUCCCAUUUGGCCAAAGCUGUGGUCUAGACAAGAGAAGUUGGAGGCCCGAGCCAGGGCAGGUGCCAUGGGUUCGGGCAGGCAAUGCUUGGGGAUUGGGAUCAAGCCAGGUCGGUGAGUGGACAAGGAAAGGAGAGAGGGUUGGGGCCACACCAUUGAAUGAUGCAGUUGGGGGCUGGGGGGGUGCGUCUGGGCCCCCUGAAAUGCCCCUGGUUGUACUUGGAGGCUGGAGGAGCUGGGUAAAGCCCCAGGGCGGUUGGGGAAGAACAGGAUGCUGAUGGGGAGCAGAGGCCGAGGACAGGAGGAUGGUAUGGGAGCUAGGGCAGGGACUGGAGCGGGUGUGUUCUGCAGUUUGCUCUCUGCUGCUGCAGCUGCCUGAGUCACCUCUGGAUGUAGUGGGAUGACACAGCUUCCUCAGACUACAAAUGCAAGGUGACCAGACGUCCUCCAAGUGGGUCUGACAGUUGUGGCUUGCUGGAGGGCGGCCAGCCAGGGCCAGGCUGCGAGCUGGUGUGGGCCAAGCUAGGGGUGCCAAGCAGGGUGCCUCCUGCAUGCUGAGGGGGGCUGUGUCCAGAAAAGCUGGACCGUGGGGACUCUCGCAGUCUAGGACCUCAUCCUCAGUAAGAUGGGUGUCUGGCUGGUCUCUGGGACCAGCCAGGGCUGCAGUUAGUCGGUUGAUACCUGUUUGACAGGCGCCCACUGGGUACCAGCACCACAGUGGCCCCACCCACCCUUGUGGCCCACUGUGUGGGGUGCCUGCCUUGGAGUCUGUUGCUGAAAGGCUCCCGGUAGAGGCCGGCACACACUGGGUGGCCUCUGGUUUUGUGGAUUGCACCUGUCGUGGGAGCCAUGGGUGAGGGAGGGUGGGAGGACAGCUGCUGAUGUGCCGCUGGAUGAACCCGAGCCUCUCGCACAGGAUGUUCAUCCUCCGUUCCUGGGUCGCCUCUGGCCCCUCCUCCCUCUCCUGCAUCCCACAUCCUUCUAGAUCCACAGAUAAUGAAAAUGGAAGGACCACUCUGUCUCAGUCAGACUGGCUGGAUGGCUGAGCGGAUGGAGCAUGGUGUCUCCGUUGUCAUUCACCCCUUGGGAAAGAGCAGGUGACCCGUCCAGAGCCCCUGUGCUGGCCUCAGAGAGUGAGUGGUGGCCCCGAUGCAUCCUGUCAUCCAGGAAGAAUCAGAGCCCCGAAGCUUUGAAAUCCUGUCUCCAUGGGCAUCCUCACCUGGGACUGUUCAGAGGGGUCAUCCAGCCCUCACCUGCCCUACUCACUUUGUUCUCUCUCUUUUUUUUUUUCUUAAGAGACAGCGUCUUGCUCUGUUACUCAGGCUGCUGGAGUGUGGUGGUGCAAUCACAGCUCACUGCAACCUUGGCUUCCCGGCUCAAGCAAACCUCCUACCUUGGCCUCCUGAGUAGCUGGGACCAUAUGCGUAUGCCAUCACACCCGGCUAUUACAAAAUUUUUUUUCUUUGUAGAGAUGGCCUAGCUAUGUUGCCCAGGCUAGUCUAAAACUACUAGGCUCAAGCAUUCGGCCUCUAGAGGUGUUGAGAUUCCAGGCACGGAUUACCGUGCCCAGUCCCAACUUUAUGGAUAAAGUGUUCCCUCCUGGACCCCAAAGGUGGUCCUUCUCAGCUUGUGCCAGCACACCAAGAGAUGUCAGGGCUGUCAACUCCCCACUGAGCAGGGUCAGACCCAUGGGUGACCAGUGAAUAUUUGCUGGGAUUUAAAAAGUUAAAAAUGGCUGGGCAUGGUGGCUCACACCUGUAAUCCCAACACUUCGGGAGGCUGAGGCGGGAGGAUCACUUGAGCCCAGGAGCUUGAGACCAGCCUGGGCAACAUGUUGAGACCCUGCCUCUAUAAAAAAAUUUAAAAUUCUCUGGGCAUGGUGGUGCCCACUUGUAGUUCCAGCUGCUUGGGAGGCUGAAGCAAGAGGAUUGCUUGAGCCCAGGAGGCCUGCAGUGGGCCAUAAUCGCACCACUGCACUCCACCCUAGGUGACAGAGCGAGACCUUGUCUCUAAAGUGAAAAUCAGAAGGUAAAACAUGACUCCGGUUGCUGAGGUGGCUGCCUGGGCUCACCUGCUCCUGAGACGGCAGUUCUGGAUGGCUGGCCCUGCACUGCCUGCCCUGCCUGCUGGAGGCCUGAGCUCCAGGUCCUCAUCCUCUGAGGUUCCUCCGUGGCGGAGCUGCCCUGCCCUGUGCUUUAUGGAGCCCAGACCCUCGGUCUGGAUCCUGAAUGGAAGCGUCCCGGCUCCAUCACUUAUUCCCAGCUGCAGCCGCAGGAGUCACCUCUGUCUGAGGCUGCUGGCGGUUCCUUUUCCUUUAUUUUUUAUUUAUUUAUUUUUUGAGACAGAGUCUCACCCUGUCAUCCAGGCUGGAGUGCAAUAGCACUAUCUCAGCUCACAGCAACCUCCACCUCCCCGGGUUCAGGCGGUUCUCCUGCCUCAGUCUCCUCAGUAGCUGGAAUUACAGGCACCUGCCAUGGUGCCUGGCUGAUGUUUGUGUUUUUAGUAGAGACAGGGUUUCACCAUGGCCAGGCUGGUCUUGAACUUCUGACGUCAUGAUCCACCCGCCUUGGCUUCUCAAAGUACUGAGAUCAUAGGCAUGAGCCACUGUGCCCAGCCUCCUUUUCCUUUAGAGGAAAUGAUUUCCCCCCACUGCGCUUUGUUUAGAUGUAUGUCAUGUUGAGGUGUCUGGCUUUGCGUUGAAAGCCCUUCCUCUUCCAUCAGAAAACCAGUCACAUAAAAGGUGUUCUAGGUUAUAGGUACUGCUGGAGAACUUUGCUGCCAGGGAUGGGGGUUGAGGGUGAGGGGGUGUGAUCACUGCACCCUUUACCUAGGUCAGUGGUUAGGACCCCAUAGCAGAAACUCAGACCCACCUACCCAGGCCCCCAGCUGUGGCGCUGACCACUGCGCUUCUCGGGUAACUCUACAGAAACCCAGAGGAGCUCAGGGGCAUCAGGGGCAUGUGUGGCAAUGCUCGUGUUUUGUUAGCUGGUGGUCGUAAGACAGAAUGCCAGGGCCUCGCUCCUUGGGGGUGCUGGGGAGGAGCUUGGCUGCAUUGCUGACCAGGUGCUGAUGCAGUAGCCCCUGCCUUGGGCCCCAGGUAGCGGGAAGCCAGCGUUGCGGGUGUCUUUGGGACCCCAGGCACGUUCUCCCCCUGGCGUCAUACCCUAAGGCUGCAUCUCUGGCCCUGGGGAGGGAGCCGUUUCUACGUGUGCUCUGGCAGCCCUUGAGGCUGUGUGAGGUCGAAUGGUUCACAAAACCCCUUUUUAGGGCAGUCAUCAUUUUUAGAUGAGUUGCUUUACAAACUUUUUUGCACACGCAAAACUCUUCUCUAAAUCUCCUUGCAAAAGCAAGCUGUUGAUUUUCUUGCCUCUGAUGUUUAAGGCGACUUUAGGUUAAUGCUACUUGGAUUUAUCUUGUGCAUCGUGGGGAGAGGUAGGCGCCAGCAGCAUCCCAUCCGUGCUGGGUUCCGAGAGAAGCUUUGACACUUGGCUGGCCCGUCCCUUCUGUGUCGCCUCUCGGGAGUUGGCUACAGAGACUCGUGGCUGGUCUAGGCUUCCUUGGCAGAGCAGAGUUGUGACCUGCCCAAGGAAGUGGGGGGCAAGCUUGUGAGCACAGCGUCAGGACUGCCCAGGACCCCUGCCUCCCCCAGGUCUCUAGUUCCUCGGAGGGAACCAGUGCAGCUGUGCCCUAAAGCACUGGGGACAUAAGGGGAGCGAAGGUGUGCUCCAGCAGCCUUGGCGACCUUGACCUUGUAGAAGUCGUCAGCUACCCCUCCUGGGGUCGCAACUGGCUCCCGUGCACCCCCGUGACAUCACAGGCGUCUCGGGAAGCCUCUCCUUAAUGGAAGAAUCUCUACGCUGAACUCUGCCCCUGGUACCUGGCCGAGCCCUGCACGUCAUCAUGGGUCUGGCCAGAGAGCCUUGUCCCUGGGACCUUCCUUUUCCGCCCAGCUCUCUGCCACGGCGGGCAGGGGGCCCGGGGGCCUGGGAGCCGGUCCUUGCUGGGUGGGAGGCCGGGGUGUGUGGGAAUGCGCAAGGCUCUGUAAACAUGUGGUGACUCACCGCAUAGCUAUGUCGUGGCCGGCCUGUGCACUGACGUGCUCACAGCAGAGCUGGAAGCGGUGCCCGUGGCCCCUCCCUCUGACAUGGAAAAGUUUCUCAUGGUGCUCUCAGCCGCCGGCAUCUGCAGGUCCCCAUGGUGGCUGAGGUGGCCGAGCCCCGGCUUCUCCACUGUCACACUUGCCCCAGGGCAGGUGCAGAGGGGCCUGGAGCCCACCUGGCCUUCUCCAGGACCGGCUGGUGUCGUCCUGUGCUGUCUACGUUAGCACCCUGAGAGCAGCUGGCCCUGGCAAGGGCAGCGGGCUCUGCAGCCUGGUGUGGGACCAUCUAGUCUGUGCCGUCCUCUGGUUGUGGGGGUGGGUAGGGUGCAGGAGUGGAACCCCAGUCGGAGGCAGGGCUGGAUGGUGGAGGGAUUUGGGCCCGAGGCUCCCUGGCCCAGGGUGGGGGGGUCCUGGGCUGGCAGGGAGGGCAGGACGGGGUCACCCCCGCAACACUGCCAUGUUGCCCAAGGACACCGCCCACCGCCAUGUGCCACUCUGAUGUUCCUUCUUCGGGAACCCGUGUCUGGUAUUUGGGGUGUGGGAGUGGGUGCUGUGAACCCCUGUCCUACAAGCAGCCCCGCACCCUCUGCCUGCCUGUCCCAGCUACAGGGUACGGAUGAGUUUGUUUACUGCCUGCCAGCCUCGUGAUGUCUGUGCAGCCUGACCUGAAGUCAGGAUCGUUUUUUGGGCUUCUCGGUUUCCAUGACGACCAUGGGGGCUGGCUCGAUCCCAAGGUCGCCAUGACAACUAUCAGAGGGAUCAUGCCGGGGAUGCUUUGGCUGGGUUUUUCAUGAAUGAUUAGAAUGUGUGACACAAUGCAGACGUGAGGACGGUGGGGGCGGCGGCGGGGACGGCUCCCGCCAGACAGUCUAACACUCGGCAAGGCGGUGGCUCUCCACCUCCCUGGUCUCUGGCUGCGGCACCGGACCCGCUGCCCCUCAGGAGCCCCACACCCCCUCGGGCUGCAGGGUCCUUGCUUGGGGGCAGCUUAGGUGGAGGUGGUGAUGUCACAGCCACAGCGGCUGGGGCCGUGGGUGCUGUGAUCAUCCAUCCCAGGCUGAGGAGGUCCCUGCAUGGGAGACGGCCACCCCAUCCUGCACCUCCGGCCCUGACCUGCGCUGGCUUCUCUGCUUGCCCGUGUUUUCCAGCUACGAGUUCCAGAGAGCUCUGUCCUGGUGACUUUGCCCAGGUUAUGACGACUAAUCCCAAACCGAACAAGGCAUUAAAGGUCAAGAAGGAGGCGGGCGAGAACGCCCCAGUGCUCAGUGACGAUGAGCUGGUGUCCAUGUCAGUGCGGGAGCUGAACCAGCACCUGCGGGGCCUCACCAAGGAAGAGGUGACCCGCCUGAAGCAGCGGCGGCGCACACUCAAGAACCGUGGCUACGCGGCCAGCUGCCGCAUUAAACGGGUGACACAGAAGGAGGAGCUGGAGCGGCAGCGCGUGGAGCUGCAGCAGGAGGUGGAGAAGCUGGCGCGUGAGAACAGCAGCAUGCGGCUGGAGCUGGAUGCGCUGCGCUCCAAGUACGAGGCGCUGCAGACCUUCGCACGCACCGUGGCCCGCGGGCCCGUGGCACCCUCCAAGGUGGCCACCACCAGUGUCAUCACCAUCGUCAAGUCCGCCGAGCUCUCCUCCACCUCUGUACCCUUCUCGGCCGCCUCAUAGUGCCUGCUAGAGGUGGGGGGCGGCGGGCAGGCGAGCAGGGUCGUGCCCCUCAAGCCUGUCACUGGGACAUACUCUCAACCUCCAAGUCCAAGUGCAGGCCCUUCAGGUGCAGGCAGCUCAAGCCGGGAUGAAACUGGUGCAGGGCGAGGAGUGGGCUCUGGUAAGCCCAGCGGUCCACAUGCACACACACGCACCCACUCACGCCUGCCCCCGGCUCCCUGCAGGAUGUGUCUGUGUGUAGGAAUUGGUGUCUUGUGCACGUGAGAGUCAGGUUGGAUCGAUGGAAAUGCCUUCGGGAAGUUCCGCUGUCCCCUGCAGGGGCUUCCAGGAGACACGGCCCUGGGAGUCAGGCCCCUGUGGCUGGGCUGGCAUGUGGCUCGUCUUCCACUCCUGCUGUGAACAGCUAUCAACACCUGUCCUGCCACGGCCCUCCAGCUGGUGCGGGGGCCCCUCGCUGCACUGACCAACUCCACAGCCCCCACGGAGGGGCGUGGAUGGUGCAUCCGUCCUUCCAGCUGUCCUGUUGGAGUGGCUAUGAACUGCUUCUGCCUUAGGGGCCUGCGGGAGUGGGCACGUUGUGGGAGGCCGCCUGCGUGGGGUGGCAUGUUUGCGUGCAUGUGGCACGCCUGGCAUCACAGCAUUGGGGCUGAGGGGGGCAGCUUGUUGGCUUUCACCAAGGGAAGGCCUGUGGGCACGCAUGGCAGAGAAUGGCUCAUACGUUGUGAGGUCUCCUCUGUGCUCUGGUGAUGGGAGGAGGUCGCAUAGAGCAAAAGCCCACUGCCCACGGGAGCUGGCUGCCCAGACACGGACCCUGCAGGCUGUCAGAUCUUGAUGGAGACAGGCAGGAGCAUCCCAUCAGGUGACAGUGAGCAGGACUCAGGCUCUGUGUCCUGGAGAUGCUUCUCACCAGCUGUGGUCAGUGCAGGGGGAAUGAGGAGGUCUUUUGGGGGCAUGGGGAGGUGGUGCAGACUGGGGGAUGUUGGUGGACGUGGACGUGGAGGUGGGAGGGAGGAAGUCUCGUGGAGUGGUGGAGGAGGCGGGAGCUGUGUGCAAGAGUGGGUGGAGAGCCUUCAGGGCAGGACCAGGACGAGGCUCGGUUGUAGAGGAGCUUGGGAGUGAGCGUGGCGCUCCGGAGGGCAUGGCAGGCUGGGUGGUGGCAAGCACCAGGCCAGGAGAGCCUCAUGGACGUGGUUCCCGUGUGCAGACCCCCAGGAGCACAGCUACGGGCUGCAGGCCCUCCACACUCAGUCCUCAUCCAGAGCCUUCGCCUGCUCCUCCUUCCCAGAGCACCUAGGCACCAGCAGGGUUGGCACUCCACCUUGGGCUUCCUUUCCUGGAGAGCCACUUGAGGGUCCCUCCUGUGACUGGGGCCUCCACAGCGGGAGCUGGAGCAUUGCAGAGCCCCUGCCUUGGGGAGCUGGUGGAUGUGAGCUGCCCAUCUGGGGCUGCCACGUAGGACAUGCAAGGUGGUGCCUGGGGCCCCGGCUCCCUCUCAGUGGCCCCUGCCCACCCGGUAACACCCCCUACCAGCUGCAGAGCCCCAGCCGGUGCCAGCCACGCUGGGAGGUCACAGGACAGGCAGCCCCAGGGCUGUGACUUGGUUCUGCAUCUACUGUUAGAAGUGAGCGGGAAUCUGCAGGCCCGCCAGGGCCACCGGGUCCCAACAGCAAAGGGCUGCACGUUCGCAAACAGCCGUUGCCCCCGUGGCCGUGGUAGGUAAUCCAUAUUGGAUGUCAUAAGGACCAGGGGGAUAUUUAAAGAGAGAAACAUAAAAUAUAUAGAGAUAUAAAAUUAUAUUCACAGUUUAUCUACAGAUUUUUCGUAACAAUCUUUGUUUUCCAGUUUGAUACUGUAAAUCUAUCAGCAGAACUGCGGGUGCGGGCACGGUGGGAGUUGGGAGCCCGGAGCCCCAGGCCACCUGCUGUCCCCCUCCGUCUUCCCAUGGACCACACCAGGCCACUGGGCCCCGCAGGACAGGCCACAGCAGGUGGCCGGUUCUGUCCUGUUUUGAGGUUCUUGGGAUCCACGUCUUGUGGGCUGUGGGCGUUUACCUGCCCUUGGACUGCGGUGCUUUGUCAGAGAGGGGAUUCCCUGUCCCCGGCCCCCACGGUGGAUGGAGCCCGCCACCAUCCAGGGCCAGGCCAGGGAAAGACGGCACGUUCUGCUUUUCCUUCCAGAUUGUUGAAAUUUCAUUGUCAUGAUUUAAUAUAUGGAUUUUUUUAUUUAAAAGACGAAGGCCUCUUUGUUGAGUGGGUUUGUUUUCUGUCUCUGUGCCUCCGGCUUCCCAAAGAGAUCUAGGUCUUCGAGUUUCCCAGGCGUGGGGACUCCUGCCCCCACCUCCACACCGCCUCACCCUGGCCUCUGUGCUACUGGGCAGAUCCAUUUCAAUAUUUAUUUUUGUGUUGCUUUUUAUCAUGAUAUAAAUUAUUGAGAACAGAUCACAUGUGGGCCUGUGUCUGGCCGCUGCCGCCCUGCCUUGUCCCUGCGGCCACCACCUAAUUUAUUGCCGUGCGUCCUGCUGCUGUGACUGCUUUUGUACCUUUGCAAUAAAGAAUUUUCUGGUUUCAGA